AAUCAGUGGAGCUGUGAUGUAAACACGGAAGUGACUUUCGUACGUUCUUCGUAAUAUGGCGGUAAAUUUAUACAUGUGAAAAUCUCAUAAUCAUUGUAUAAGUUUGAUGCAAGCAUGGUCGAGGGGCCAGGAUGCAAGAUCAAGGGCGAAAAGAUCAAAGGAAAGAUUCUCGGUCAGUCGGUCAGAGUUGUCCGCGGAAAUGCUGUUGACAGGGAGAUUAAACCAAGAAAAUGUAUAACAACAUCAAAGUUCCACACGUUGAUCGGCAGGGAGCUGGAUGGAGUACAGACCCUUGGCAAGGAACUCUUCAUGUACUUUGGAGAAAUAUGCUUGAGGGUCCACUUUUUGAUGGCUGGGUCGUUCCAGGUCAAUAAUAAAAGGCUGGACCACGAUGGUGGAAGUGCAGCUGAGGCGCCAAGUUUUGAGAUGGACUUUUCUAGAGAUAAGUUGACAUUUCACAAGUCAGCAGUGGACAUCAGAAGCUCCACAUCGUGUAGAGAGAGGUACGAUAACCUGAACGAGGUGGACAUUUGUUCUCCUGUGUUUAAUCAGAGACGCGCUAUUGCUAUGGUCAUGGCACAAAGAGGAAGACAGUUGUGUGAUGUCCUUCUAGAUCAAACUGUCCUGCCUGGGGUUGGAAACAUCAUCAAAAAUGAGGCGUUGUUUGACAGUGGAGUAAAACCAGAUUCUAAGGUUGAGGAACUGAGUGAGGAGCAUGUGUCCCACCUGGUGAAGAUGACAAGAGAUUUCUCCAUGGUCUUCCUCAAGUGCAGAAGAGAGGGAACCAACCUUGGGAAAUUCAUGAAGAUUUACAACAAAGGGAACUGUUCUCAGUGUCAGAGCAAAGUGGUGAGGUGUCGUCAGGGUGAUGACUCGGCCAGAAUGACCUACUUCUGUGAACAUUGUCAGGACAACAACCUUGUACUCAAGAAACAAAGGUAAAU